AUGGCGAGCAUGACGCACGAUGACAACUCCGAUGCCGACUCUGAUCUUGAGGAGCUCCGGGGCGACAUUGCGAAGUUCGACGAGUCUGUCCGCGAAUUUCUAGCAUCCCACGAAAGUAGCAGGGACACACAUGCCUAUGAUAGACCAACUCGCGGUGGGAGGGGGUCCCGAGGUCCAAGAAAGGCUGCAAAACCUCGUGGCGACAUCACCGCCCGUCUGUCCAGAGUCAACCAGGCGUUCCUAGCGGGCGAAUACAAUCGCGCUCUAGAGCUUGUAUCCGAGGUGAUUAGAAUCAAUGCUGAAACUUUUCAAGCAUGGACGGCUCUUGCAGCGAUCUUCAGGGAGCAAGGCGAGCUGGAUCGGGCUCUCGCAGCGAUGAUGUACGCUGCGCACUUACGACCGAAAGAUAUCGGCGGCUGGAUGUCAUGUGCAUCUUAUGCACUCGACAAUGUCGGAGGAAGUGAAGAGGCGAACUUGAAGACAGCGCGGCUGUGCUUCUCGGCGGCUCUGAGAGCUGACCCCCACAACGUGGAAGCAAGAUUGGGCAAGGCAUCCGUGUGCCACGAGCAGGGCCACUACGCGCAAGCAAUAUUGGAGUACAAUUACAUCCUAAGGCAAAGGCCUGUUGAUCUCGAUAUUGUUCGGAAGCUAGCAGAAACAUGCGUCGAUAACAAAGACAAUCCACCCGCCACUGCAUCUGCAAAAAUGGCAUACCGGCGCUUUUUCGAUCAUGUGAUUCCGGACGGACCAGGAGACAGAUUCGAGGGGCUUUGGUACGACAUUGGCAUUUAUAUAGACUUUUGCGCGUCGAGCGGUAGCUACCGUGAAACGAUCAAAGAGCUCAAAGCCCUUGCCAGAUGGAUGGUUGGUCGGGCCGCAGAGGCAUAUUGGGAUGAGCUCCAAGACGACGACCGCGAAUGGGAUAUAGACAGCAAGAGACGAAGACAAAUUGUCGAUUUUACUGAGUCGUUAUUCUCUCCAUCGCUGUAUGGCGAAUUAUUACCACUCGAUCUCAGAAUGAGGCUAGCUAUUCUACGAUUAAGACUUUUGGAGAAGAAUGAAGCCAUGAUACACCUACAACUUCUCGACCCUUCUGCACAAGCGACCAGAGAUUUCGUUGCCGAAUUUCCAACUGUCGCGUAUGAUCUUGCCGAGGAACUCCUCAAGAACAGCGUUUCAGACAUCGCCACACAUAUAUUUGAGACCUUCCGAGAGACCUCGGAUACCCCAGAUCCGACGAUAUUAUUGCAGCUCGGCAGAUGUUACAUUUUAGCCGGAGAGCAAUCCAAGGCCGAGGAGUGCUUUCUUGCCGCUAUCGAUGCCGAUCAAGAUUCUAUAGAUGCGCGCAUCGAGCUAGCUAAUGUGUACGAACAGGCGAAAGAGGGCGAGGAGGCUCUCAUAUUGACGGCAGAAGCCAUGGCGUUACAGGAUGCACAGAGCCACCAAGCAGGCCACGGAAGAAUGGAGACCGCUGGUCGAUCCAGCAGUCACCAAGAGCAAUCGCGACGCCGCAUCUCGCAGAAUGAUCAGAGUGCUACCAAGGUGGACCCAAACAAACAAUCGCGUGUUCCAAGACGUUAUCGGCCCAAGAGACUAGCGGGUGCUGAUGCAUUGCGUCAAGAUGAGCAAACCCGUGCUAUCAAGCUGUCGAAGCAGUAUGAUAUUGUGAGAGACCUCAAACUUCGAAUUUCGCAAGGACAACUUGAUCUUAUUGGAGAGUGGAUGAAUGCAUCGCGAGACCUUGUUGACGACUUCAGAUCACUGAAGCGGUUUUAUUCGUGGGACAAGUACCUCCACUUCCUCAGGAAGAAGCCUACAUCCAUACCGAUGACCUCACGAGCGCCAGAUAGUGAAUUGUCCAAGAUGUAUGAGCGAUUGACGCGAUCCCUCGCACCACAAGCCGACAGCGGUAUGACGGGCACCCAGCAAGGAAUGCAUCAGGGCAUUUCAUUCGACAAUUGGCUGAAUAUUUUUCUGGAUUAUGCCAUUGGGCUUGCUGAGAAUCAACAACGGGAAGAGGCCUAUCAGGUGUGUGAAGCAGCUAAAGACUCGGUGGUAUUUCGAGCUUCAAAUCAUGAAUUUCUAAUUUAUAUUGCAUGGUCUGUUUGUGCUAUCUAUACCAACGAUGAAGAGCGGUGUGUUGCAAUUGCCAGGUAUCUGAUGAGAGAUGGGGUAAUGUCCGAUGCAAAUCGGAUGUUUGCCUUACUCUCAAGACUAUGCCAGUCUCCUGUUUCCUGGUACACUUCAGGUCCGGCGCAGAAGUUUAUUUUACGGCAGAUUCGGAGUAUCGACAACAGCUACGAAGGGCUCUUUUCCACAAAGUUUGACUCAUCCGAGGCAGGGGAGCCUACAUUCUUGAAAAUUGACAUGGAUGUAUGUCUUUUAAUGCUGUACGGUCACAUUCUAUUCACAUCCACAAGCUAUACAUAUGCCAUCAGUUAUUUUCUACGAGCGAGGUCACUUGACCCAACCAAUCCAAUGAUCAAUCUCAGUCUAGGCUUGGCAUACGUUCAUUAUGGGCUGAAAAGACAGUCUACGAACCGGCAGUAUCUUCUUCUGCAAGGACAAGCCUUUAUCUCUCAGUACUUCGAGGCAGGAGAAGGCCCUGGGGCAAGGCCGCUUCCAGAACGAUAUUACAACACUGGGCGUCUUUUCCAACUUUUGGGACUCAGCCAGCUGGCCUCUAAUCUCUACUGCAAAGCGAUUGCGGCCAACGAUGUGGAGAGCAACGAUGUGGAGAGCCGCAAUACUGACAUUGAUACGCUGGUGGCCAUUAACAACUUUAUGUCAUAUUUAGCUGUUGGCAACAAAAGUGCUGCGUUCUCACUAUUGAAGAGAAAACUAGUGCUAUGA